UUUUUGUUUUUUUAAACUCUCGUGGCCGUGUCCUCGUGCUCGGUGCUGAAAUUCUUUCGCGUCUCACGCGCGCACCUCAGUAACGGUAUAAAAGGGUCCCCCUCAGCGCCAUGUCUCAGUCGCCUGAUAAACGCCGGAAGAUGGAGUCUGCGCUCGAGCAGCUGAAGAAGUACACGGUGGUGGUCGCGGAUACGGGAGAUUUUAACGCAAUUGAGGAGUACAAGCCUCAGGAUGCCACGACGAACCCGUCACUCAUCCUGGCAGCGGCAAAGAUGCCCACUUAUCAGCACCUCGUGGACCAGGCUAUUAAAUACGGCAUUGCUAACGGCGGGACUGAAGAGGAGCAGAUCACGAACACGAUGGACAAGCUGUUCGUCAGCUUCGGUGUCGAGAUCCUCAAGAAGAUCCCCGGUCGAGUCUCCACAGAGGUGGAUGCCAGGUUAUCGUUUGAUAAAGACGAGAUGGUGGCCCGAGCGCGGCGGCUCAUCUCUUUGUACGAGGAGGCUGGAGUGAAAAAGGACCGAGUGCUCAUCAAGCUUUCUUCCACGUGGGAGGGCAUUCAGGCUGGGCGGGAGCUGGAGGAGAAAUACGGCAUCCACUGCAACAUGACCCUGCUGUUCUCCUUCGCGCAGGCGGUGGCUUGUGCCGAGGCCAAGGUCACGCUCAUUUCCCCUCGUAGGCCGUAUAUUGGACUGGCACAAAGAAAACACCGACCGCAAAACUACGAGCCACACGAGGACCCAGGUGUGGUCAGCGUAACGAAGAUCUAUAACUACUAUAAGAAGUUUGAUUACAGCACCGUGGUGAUGGGCGCGUCCUUCAGGAACACCGGAGAGGUCAAGGCGUUGGCUGGAUGUGAUCUUCUCACCAUUUCCCCAGGGCUCCUGGGAGAACUGACUCAGGAUCACAGUGCCGUGUCCUCCACUCUCACUCCGGAGAAAGCGAAAGCUUGUGAUCUGAAGAAGAUCCACCUGGACGAGAAGAGCUUCCGCUGGCUGCACAACGAGGACCGCAUGGCUGUGGAGAAGCUCUCUGACGGCAUCCGGAAAUUUGCCGCCGACGCAGUGAAGCUCGAGGACAUGAUCAAGGAGAAGAUGCUCAGUGUGAAGAACGGACAGUAACGCUGAUUAAAACCCGAGAAGAUCCUGAAACUCCUCCUCGCUGUUUGCUGGAACGGUGAACUUGCUUCUGAAGCUGAAACUCAUUCUGUAGUCUUAAACCUCAGAUCAUUAAGAGCUCCUGCACUAAUCUUAAACUUCAUGUCUGUUCAGGGAUAAAGUCGUCCUGAGACUCAAACAUUCCUAUUUUUUUUCCA